AUCCAAGAGAGUGAAAAGAGAGGGUUUAUUUUCAUUGUUCCAAUAGCAAAUUCAUUUCUUAUUUUUAUUAUUAUUUUUUUCUCUAUCUUUUUUAAGAUACAAAGAGGGGUUGUUGAUUGGUUUGAGGAAAGAGUGAAAAAAAUGAAUGUAUCAGCUUCACAAUGUGGUAGUGGUUGUGAAUCUGGUUGGACUCUCUACUUAGAUCAAUCCUCUUAUUCUCAGACAAGGUUUCAAAGAAGUGGGAACUUUGUGGUUGAAGAUGAGGAGCAGGACCUAUCCAUGGUGUCUGAUGCGUCUUCUGGUCCUAGACAUUACUACCAAGAUUAUGGGGAAUGCCUUGAUAGAAAUGGGAGCUUUUGUUCCGUUCCAGCAACCCCUGAACCAGCCAAGAAAAGAAGAAAAAAUAAACAGAAAACCAAAGAACAUGGUAGCAAUCAACAGCAUUCUUAUCUUGAUGACACUGCCAGUUCCCCCGUGAUAAGCUUUUCCAAGAAUAAUUGCAAGAAAGAAGCUUCAAUAGAUUUGUUGGACUUUUCACAAGGGUUCUCUGGUACACAUCUGAAGGGCAAAUCAACAUUCCACAAAGAAAAUGGUUUCUUGAAAUCUGAGAAAGCAGGUUCCAAAGAUUCAGGUGAAACUUUACUUUUCACUUUCUCGUGAAAUUUUGGCAUUUAGAAUGUGAGGCAAUAUGUGGAGUAAAAAUGGAAAUUUGAUGGUUAUAUACGACUAAUUUGUAUUGC